GCGUUAUUUUAAAGACAACUCGGUCUGAGAACAAAAACAGAAAAUGGCUACCAUUUGAUGGGAAAUGAACUAGUUAGAUAGUUCUAGUGGAUCAUGGAAGCUAUAUACAAGACAAUUGUUUUGUACUUAUUUUUUUAAAUUCUUGUCUGCUACUAGUACUAGUACUGCAUAGUGUACUGCGGAAUCAUCAAAGGUCCAACGUCUCCCCAAAUGUCCACCACUUGUUGUGAGUCAAGUAUCCACCCUCUAUAGUGCUACACCUCCUCAAAACACUUCCUCAAAACGCAGCCACCCUAUACGAACAACGCUACUUCGAAUGCCACCAUUAACAUGUAUAACAACAGCCCUCGUGGAGACGUCAAUUCUUCGAUGUAUUCCAGUUACAAUGCUUCAGGCGGCGCUCCGAGCCCUCAACCGAUAGCGGUCAGCACUUUAGCUGACCCCACACCUGCCCUACCGUCAGUCAGCUCCACCCCUGCUCACGGAAUUGUGUCCAUGGCACCCUCGAGCUCGAUGCAAAACUUUGACCCGAUGGUCAGAACUCCAAUGAUGACUAAUUUAUCCUUUAUGUCUGGAAUGAUGAGUGGGGUUCCCAGCCCUGAAACGAGAAUGGCGAUGCCUCAAGGCUAUCAAGGUGGUCAUCCUGGGAUGUACCACCCUGGAAUGUAUGCCGGAAUGCCCGGUCAGAUGCAAGGCAGAGAAAUGAUAGGACCGAUGCAAGCUGCAAUGACACAUCACGUUAACCACCCAGGGAUGCCGAUGGACGAUGGACAAAUAAGAUGGCCUGGAAUGGUCCCACAGAUGAGCCCUCAGGACAUGCACCCUCAAAUGCGAGCCCAGUACAACUACGUUCAGCAGCAAAGAACAAUGCAAAACCCCGUGCACAUGAACCCUGGAAUGCAUCCCAGGAUGAGAAGACAGGUGCACAUGUCACCUGGUGGCCAGAGUCCUGGAAUGAGAAUGGCCAACCCUGGUGGAAUGAUGCACGGCAGACCUCCUGGAGCAAUGUACAACGUGGGACCACCUCAGAAUCAGAUCCAAGCGAACCACCGUGGAUUUACUCCAACUCCCGAGCAGACGUCUCAUAUGCAGCAGAGUAAUGCUAUGAGUCAGCCACCAGUUCCAGUCACUGGCAAUCCAGCAACCUCCCAGGGUGUACCAAUGGCUCAGAAUGACUCUUCUUUCAACAGUGGACAACAGCAAAAUCAAGUGUUGUUCAAGAAAUCAAGCUGUUCUAAACAAAGAAUCCUCAUCCUUCACAGGCAGCUACCUGUAUCCCCCUUUGUAGUGCAAUUAUUUCCACACCGACACACACAUGUACGUAACAUAAGUUUUUCUCUCACUGCACAAGUGCUGAGUCAGUUUCGGGACGAUUUAGACAACCUACCCGAUCUCUCCUCUCUGGACGAUCUUGCUGGGAACAAUACGAGUGGUCUCGUUAAUUCGACCAUAAAUGCAAACCCUUCUCUAUCUUUUCAGCAGCAGAAUGUUCCGAACGCCUCUGUCACUGUCACUCCAACUCAGAAUCAUCAAAGGUCCAACGUCUCCCCAAGUGUCACACCACCUGUUGCGAGUCAAGUACCCACCCCCUAUAGUGCUACACCUCCUCAAACGCAGCCACCCUCUAUGAACCAUGCUACUCCGAAUGCCACCGUUAACAUGUACAACAACAGCCCUCGUGGAGAUGUCAAUUCCUCGAUGUAUUCCAGUUACAAUGCUUCGGGCAACGCUCCGAGUCCUCAACCGAUAGCAGUCAGCACUUUAACUGACCCCACACCUGCUCUACCGUCAGUCAGCUCCACCCCUGCUCACGGAAUUGUGUCCAUGGCACCCUUGAGCUCGAUGCAAAACUUUGACCCGAUGGCCAGAAAUGUUGCUCCUAUGAUGACAAAUUCACCUGGAAUGGGGGGCAUGGCUCCCAUGUACCCUAGCCCUGGAACGAGAAUGGUGAUGCCUCAAGGCUACCAAGGUAGUCACCCUGAUAUGCACCCCAGCCAAAUGCGGUUACAACAAGGCGGAGGAAUAAUGGGACCGACAAUGCGAGGUGCAAUGACACGUCACGUUAACCACCCAGGGAUGCCGAUGGACGGUGGACAAAUAGGACGGCCUAGAAUGGUCCCACAGAUGAGCCCUCAGGGCAUGCACCCUCAAAUGCGAGCCCAGUACAACUACGUUCAGCAGCACAGAACAAUGCAAAACCCCGUGCACAUGAACCCUGGAAUGCAUCCUGGGAUGAGAAGACAGGUGCACAGUGGCCAGCAAGUAAUGAGUCCUGGGGGGAUGAGAAUGGCCGUCCCUGGUGGAAUGAUGCACGGCAGACCUCCUGGAGCAAUGUAUAACGUGGGACCACCUCAGAAUCAGAUCCAAACCAACCACUGUGGAUUCACUCCAACUCCCGAGCAAACGUCUCAUAUGCAGCAGAGUAAUGCAUUAUGGCCACCAGUUCCAGUCGCUGGCAAUCCAGCAACCUCCCAGGGUGUACCAAUGGCUCAGAAUGACUCUUCUUUCAGUGGACAACAGCCACAUCAAGGCAUCCCUCAGAGCAGUGGCCCUCUUCUAGGUGGAGCUGUAUCCCAAGCCCCUCCCACUUCCCAGCAGACCACGCCCAACAAUGUCCUACCAGGCUCAACUGGUGGGACCCCUUCUCUCCCAGGACGCACCAACAUGCAGGAAAUGACUUCCGUUGAUGAUAAUCUAUUGUCUCAGAAUCAGCAGCAGCAACAGCAGACAACCUCUCAAGCAACUGGGGGGAUGUACUACCACCGUGUCCCCACCCCACCCCCUCCUGGAUCCAUCCACGUACAGAAUCUAUUCCCAGGCGGCGGAAACAAGCUACCACCGGGGGCUCCCCCUAACCAGACUGUGGACUCUGAGAAGGUGAAGCAGAUUCAACAGCAGUUGGUGCUCCUACUCCAUGCUCACAAGUGCGAUAGAGAUCAACAGGCAAGCGAUGACUAUCAACCCUGUACCGUCCCUCACUGCAAGACCAUGAAGAGUGUGCUCAAUCACAUGGCUGGGUGUCAGGCAGGAAGAUCCUGCACCUAUACACACUGUGCCACGUCUCAUCAGAUCAUCAAUCACUGGAGGAACUGUGUGCGUGCUGACUGUCCUGUGUGUCUACCUGUCAAGCAACAACAUACACGGCCAGGGCAGGGAAACACAGGCUACAAUCCUGGAGCAAAUCCUGGCCUGGGAGGACCGCCGCAAUCAAGCUUCUUUCUUCCCAUUCCACAGAUCACGAGCAAUCCUACUCAAGCGUGGCACUCUCUUGUGAGUCCUGACCUCAGGCAGCACCUCGUUAGAACACUAGUGGAGGCCAUCUACCCUGUACAUGAUCCCAUUGCUUUGAGAGAUGCUCGAGUCAAGAGUCUUAUCCAGUAUUCCAUGAAGGUUGAGAAGGUGAUGUUUGAGGCAGCUCAGAACAGAGAGGAGUACUACAAACUAAUAGCUCAGAAGAUCUACCUCAUCAGGAAAGAGCUGGAAGACAGAAAAAGAAACAAGAGCAGAGAAUUGAAGGCCAAACAAGCCCUUGAUGAAGCCAUGAAGGCUGGAUUUGUCCGUGUGAACACUACUAAUAUAUUAUUCUUUGGAAUGGCGGGUACUGGUAAAACUUCCACUAAGCAUCUCCUUCUGGGACUACCUCCUCCUGAAGACCGAAAUAGCACUCCAUUAGCCAGCACAGCAGAGAGGGUAUGUAUUCGACAAAUUCGUGACACUACAAAGCUGAAAAUGGAAGCUCAAAAAGAUUCCCCUAGAACAUGGAAACCAAUAGCUAGUGAUGACCUACAACGCAUAGUUGCUGAUGUUAUUAAAUCUCAUGUAUCCAGCUCAGAUCCUAACUCUAAAACAUAUGUUAUUCCACAAGAACUCAGCAUUGCUCUGAAGCAACUUGAAGCUAGCAAUGAACCAGCUAGCAAUGAACCAGCUAGCAAUGAACCGGUUGACGAAAUUCCUUCGACUUCAAGAGCUAGUCCAACUAAACUAUCAGAUAAUGAACAAGAAAGUUUAUAUGGUGGGAGCAGAGAUUUCCUUAAAAUUGUUUCAGAUGUACUGAUGAAUAUUCAGCACUCUUCUGACGAUGAUCAUACUACUAUUCAAGAAAAAUUUGGAUCUCAUUGGAUCUACAUAAUAGAUAGUGGAGGCCAACCGCAUUUUCAUAAUCUACUGCCCCUCUUCAUGCCAAAGAUUUCUAUAGCUUUGUAUAUCCUUCGUCUCUCUGAAUCCCUAGACGACCAUCCGCUGGUUGAAUACUACAAGGACAAUGAGCCAGUUAGUAAAAGUUUUAAAUCACAUCUCUCAGUUCUUGAUAACUUCAAGUAUCUCGUCCAGUCAAUUCAAUCUCAGAGUGAAAACUGCAAGCUGGUAUGCAUUGGUACUCACAAAGACCGUCAAUCUGAAUGCACGGAAACAUUAUCUGACAAGAAUAAAACUUUUUUGAACUUAGCAGAGAAAGAUAACAUUCAGAAAUUUACUUAUUUUUUCAAUUUGGGAAAGAAAGAGAUUAUAUUUCCUGUGGAUUGCAAGCACUGCGACUCUGACAGUAAGGACAGAGCAAAGACAAUUCGUGAAAUUAUUUACGAACGAUCUCAAGAGCUUAAAAAUGAAAUCCUAUUCCCUCUUUGGUGGUUUCUUUUAGAAAUUACUGUCGAAAAGGUUUCAACCGAUCAAAAUAGAAAAGUUUUAAGCAAAACUGAAUGUGUAGAAAUUGCAAAAGCAUUACAUAAUUUUCACGAAGAUGCUCUUUGUGAAGCGUUAAAAUUCUUCCAUGAGCAUCACAUCUUUCACUAUUAUCCUGCAAUUCUUCCAAAUGUGGUGUUUUGUGAUACUCAAGUUCUUCUCGAUAAGGUAACAGAACUUGUCGAGCAUGCUGCAUAUGUGCGAGGAAGUAACACUCCAAUACAUGGGUCAGGAGACUGGUUAAAUUUUACUAAUAAAGGAAUUAUUACAAUUGAACUUUUAUCUAAUAAGAAUUUUGAAAAGCAUUAUGUCGAUAGACUGUUUGCACCCACUGAACUCAUUAAAAUAUUCAAGCACCUGCUGAUAGCCACCCCAUUUCGUUUUUUCUCACAAGAAGUCACUCAAGAUACGCGUUUAUAUAUGCCAUCUCUUCUAUCCUUGCUCCCACCAACGGAAGUCAAUGAAAAACGAGCUGAUCUGCUUAAGACCGGAUUAAUCCCACUUGUUUUGCAGUUUAAAAGCAACUGGCAGUGCUGUGGGGUGUUUUGCUGUCUCCAAGUGUAUUUAAUUAAAGAAUGUGAAUGGGAAAUUGAAAUAGAGGAUCACCAGCCGAGUAGAAACUUUGUACAAUUCCUUCAUCGAGAGGAAAACUGUACUAUCACGCUAAUUGACUGGUUUUCGUUCCUCGAAAUUCAUUCCAGUAGCAAUCUAAAAGAAAUGUUGUUGAUGAUAAAUGAAAAUAUUCGAUUAGGUUUGCAAUCUGCUUACCAAGCCCUGAAAUACACGUAUGAGGAUCCUGAAGUUGCAUUUUUGUGUCCCCAUGAAUUGCCCGAAUCUCAACCACCUUCAACUGAAUUAAGUCCAAGUCACCAAGUUCCCCACCCAGCUCGUGUUGUUUCAAAGGGCAAAUCCAUGAGGUGUACUCAAUGCAAAAAGAUGACAUAUAUGUUAGGAAAAGGUCAUAAAGAUUGGCUCUCAGUAUUUUUCCCAUCUACGAAUGUAGCAGGCGAACUUUCAUUGCAGCCAUCAAUUCUGGAAAAUGACACUUCUGAGGAAGAUCCUCUAGCCUCAGGCAAGCGCAAAAGAUUAUUGCCAUCAGAUGAAGAAGUUGAAACUCUGUUAAAGCGUCAGAAGAAUGAUGUCAUUAUACAAGAAUUGUCAUCAGAAAAGGAUCCAAACAAAGGAGAAAGUGCAAACCAGACGAUCGUUCUAACUGAAAUGAAUAUUCUUAAAAUUUGUGAGAGUCUGAAACAGUGCCAGCAAAGAUUGGUUCAAUUUAGGAUUGGCUCUCGGGGUGAAGCUUACUGAUUUGAAAAACAUCGAAGGUCAAUAUCCUUGUAAUAAAUGCCGCCUAAUGGAGAUGGUAGGCAAGCGUCUCGAAGUUACUGAUCCAGAACAUCCGGUCACAUGGCCUUACAUAUGUGAAUGCCUAAGGCGUCCUGCUGUUGAGCGUAACGAUGUAGCCGAUGAAAUUGAAGUGAGCACAGCAACUGCAGUUGCUCAUACCAAUUUAUCAUGAGAACCUGAUACGUUCAACAACAUGAUCAUGAGACACGAAGAGACUGAAGUAUGAUCAGCCACUCAUCUGGACUCGAGCUAGUCGAACUCUUUUGUAGACUGCUAAUUAUGAAUGUCAUUGUUUUGUGUUGGAAUAGCAACAUUUAUUUUGUGUACAGUUUCUCAGAUUAAUUAAUCUAUUAUUAAUUAAAUACGUACAGUCAUUGUUCACGCUCAAUGUACCUUACUUUAAAUUAACAUUUAUUAGAACCUUAUUAACACCUUAUGUUAUGUAAUAUUUACUACUACCUUAACCAUGAUUUGAUGUUGAUGUUGAUAUCAUACUCUUCUCUAACAAUUCUCAUUGUUAGUGCUCCACUUCCUCCCUUUGUUGUUGUGCGAGCCUCUGGGGCCCUGCUCCACGUAUUUAAGGUUUUGUUUACCUUUUUUGACUCACUUCACUUUAACUUCGUUUUACCCUGUAUGUUGAUGUUUGCUUCUCAAUCUAAGAAUUUGGU